AUGAGUGUUUAUAAUAGACGAGCAAGUAGUGUUAAUUUACAACAACUUGUUACAAAUAUUCCGGUACGACGGAAAGCAGCUGAUCAAGUUGAACGAGAAAGAUUUGAAUGGACACAAUGGCAAAGUGCAAGUAAAGCUGUCAAUAAUUUGGAAACACCAGCCAAAGAAAAACAUGUUCGAAAUUUAAUAUUAGGUACAUUUCGUCUUGAGGGGGCAAGAUUAUUUUGGUCAAUGUGUACCCGACUACAGUUGGAAAGUCAUCCAAUUGUUUGUUGGAAAUUUUGCUAUGUUAUACAUAGGUUACUUCGUGAUGGUCACAAAUAUGUUGUUCAUGAUUCGAUACCAUUAACGGCUUAUUUUGAUCAAUUAGGAAAGUUUUGGAACUCACUUCGUCAAAGUUACGGUACAAUGACCUACCGAUAUUGUCGACUGAUGAUUACAAAACUGGGAUUUCAUGAAAGAAAUGUAAUGUUUACUGGUAAUUUGAGCAUUGGUGAAGGAAAUGAUGUGAGAAGAGUAUUUGGUGAUAAUCUGGAUCUUUAUUUUCAAUUAUCUAUUGAGUUGAUGGAUUAUAUGGACGAACUUCUAGGAUUAGUUGACGCUGUUUUUACGUCUCUCGAUCAAUCUCGAGCAAAUUCGAUGACAGCAGUUGGACAAUGUCGAUUACAUCCACUUAUAUUAUGCGUUCAAGAUUCUAGUUUACUUUAUGAUUACGUUGUUAAAGUUUUAUUUAAACUGCACGAUAGUCUUACUGGCGAUACAUUGACCGGACAUCGAACACGUUUGAAUGAACAAUUUCGUCGACUGAAAAAAUUUUACGAACAAGCAUCAACGUUACAAUAUUUUCGAGAUCUUAUUAAAGUGCCGAUAUUACCUGAUAAUCCUCCUAACUUCAAAAUUAAGGAAGAUUAUAAAAAUUAUCAUACUCCUGUUGCCACAAUUGUUGCUCCACCACCAGAGCCAACGCAAGUUAUAGAAGAUGCAUUAAUCGAUACAUCAGAUACAAUUUCAAAUAUGAGUUUUCCCACGGCAAGUGAUCCGUUUAUGGGCGAUGGAUGGCCUCCUAAUGGACAUGUUGACCACAGAGCAAAAGAAAUUGCAGAUCUUGAACAACGUCUUCUUCAGUACGAUAUAGCUUUGAGAGAAGUGCGUGAUCAAACACAUGAAUUACACAAGACAAUAUCGCAAAAAGAUUCAGCAUUAAUUGAAGAAAAAAAUCAUCGUUUACAAUUAGAAGAACAACUACGUCAACAGUUAGAGAAUACCCGAAGAAUAGAAGAAAUGCACACUCUCGAACAAAAAGUAAAUUCAGAUGAAAAAUAUGUUAAAAUGCGUGAUCAAUAUAAUAAAUUACGUGAAGAACAUAUUCUUGUUCUAAGACGAAAAUUGGAAGAAGAUUAUAAUAAAUUAAAAGACGAUUGUGAUCAUAUAAACUUCAGUUUUAACACAAAAACAUCUGAAUUUGAAACGUUAGAUAAUGAAAUAUUACAAUUACGAAAAACAAACGACGAACUAAAUGAUACAAUUACACAAUUGACAAGAGAACAAAAUGAAUUUAAAACAUCGGAUUUAGCAACAAGUAAUCGAAUAAAAGAAGUUGAAAAUGAGAAAAAGAUAAUUCAAGAACAAUAUAAACAAUUGCAAGAUGAAAAAAUGAAGGUUGAUAAUCAACUUACCAAGGAUAUAUCUGAGUUUGAACGUAAAUUAAAAGAGUAUGAAUUAAUUCGAAAAGAUUUAUUAGCUCAAAAUCGGGAACAUGAAGAAAAUUUAAUUGAUCUAGUUCAUGAAAAAGAAGUGUUAGAAACGAAAGUAGAAGAUUUAGAACUGACAACUCAAGAUUUAGCAAAAAAAUUACAUUUUAUAAAUGAAAGUCAAAAAUUAUUACAACAAAAUCAUUCACACGUGUUAGAAAAUCUUAAAGAAUCAUACAAACAUUAUUGUAUUAGUCAUGUACAUGAUGGUAUUGAACGUUCAAAUGAUGCGGAACUAUUAUAUUGUAAAAGUGGAGCAGAAUAUCUUUUGUCAUGUUUGAAAUCAUCAUUAUCAAGUUUAACAACAACACAUGAUCAGUGGAAAAAGCAUCAGUUAUCGGAAGGCGUUUUAUUGUCAUUUCUGAAUGAAUGUGUGUCAUUAUCAAAUUUUGUGUCAGAUGUAGUUGUUCAUGGUAAAGCAACAUCGAAUCUUGUACAAGAUGUUGAUAAAGGAGUGGAAUUAGCAGAUAAUUGUCGUGACGUCGGAACGUCUUGUAUAGAAAUAUUUGACACUUAUAGACGAACUAUAAUUCCUGAGCAUUUUGAAGAUGAUAUCAAGAAUUUAACAAGAAAACUAAAUAAAUUAAUAACACAUACAACAAAUUUAUUACCAAAAGUUACUGAUAUCAGUAAAGAAGAGCUUGGUGAUUUGGUUGAAAAAGAAUUACAAAACACUCAUGAGACAAUUGAUGAAGCAGUCAGACAAAUUCAGGCAUUAUUGGAAAAAUCACGUAUUACUGAUACGGGUAUUAAAUUAGAAGUAAAUGGUAAAAUAUUGGACACGUGUGGAGAAUUAAUGCAAACUAUUCGACAAUUAAUAAUGAAAGCAAGAGAUUUACAAAAAGAAAUUGUUUCACAAGGCCGGGGUACAGCCACGGCUAAAGAAUUUUAUACAAAAAAUCAUAAAUGGACAGAAGGUCUAGUCAGUGCAGCAAAAAAUGUUGGUCUCAAUGCGAAAGUAUUGAUUGAGUCGGCUGACCAUUUAUUAAGUGGCGAUGGAAAAUUUGAAGAGAUAAUUGCCUGUUCAAAUGAAAUAGCAAGUGCAACUGCUCAGCUUGUUGCUGCAUCUAAUGUAAAAGCUGAUCGAGAAAGUAAAAAUCGUGAAGGAUUAACACAAGCCUCGAAACAAGUAGCGGCAGCUACAGCUCGAGUUGUUGCAACAGCUAAAAGUGGAGCAUCAACUAUUGAAGAAAAAAGUACGAUGGAUUUUAGUUCUUAUAGUUUGCAUAAAACGAAACGUGCCGAAAUGGAUGCACAAGUAAAAGUUUUAGAAUUAGAAAAACAACUUGAACAGGCAAAAGUCAGUCUAUAUACGCUACGAAAACGUCAUUAUCAAUUAGCUGGUGAAGAUGAAGGAUGGGAUACGAAUCAACAAGACCAUGAUCGUGCUAUACCAAAUCGUGCUAUACUUUGUUUAAAUAACGGCACUUAUGCUGUACUCACAUUCUACUUCUUUGUAAAUAUUGAUGACUGUUAUUUAUCUCUACGUGACGUCUUUCAUGCUCGUCAUAUACGAAACUUUAUUUCCGGUUUUUAG